AUGAGGAUUACAGGAUUAAGGAAAACGACCACUAGCCAGAAUGGUGUUGGCACCUUUGUACUUCAGUGCAUACGAAUGGAUUUUCAUUACUGCGAUUGGGCAGGUAGUUCCAAGGGCAUGAAUACCUUUAUAAAAAACACCCUUGCGGGCUUCGCCAAAAGGAAUCCUCAAAUCGAAAUGACCGUCUCUCCCCGACCCCACAAACAUCCAGUCGUCAUUGGACAUUAUAUAAAUGGUCGCGAGAAGGCUAUUUGCGUCAGGAACCUAGAACUGGGACAGAUAUUGAAGAAAGUAGAGCUGCUGAGGGAUGCGAACGGAGAGAAGUUGAGGGUUGUCAAAAAACCGGUUCGAAGUAUCAACGACAGUGUUAGAGGUAUAUGGAGUCCUUACCAUAGUGGUGGAAUGAAGGCUUGA